UGACUUCAUGCUACAUGUUCUCCACAGCCAGGAGUCCUUAAGGAGCAAGUCUGCAUAGAGUAAUGAGCCAUUUAACAUUGAUGCCAGCCAGUGGUGUUGAUGCUGUUUUAACUUCUCUGAUAACCAAGGAACUGAGCUCGGCAUGGUUUGUACCUUGCCCCAGGACUUGAUCUUCAGGCUAAAUUGGGAUUUGGGAGACCUAAGGGGGGUGUGCAAGGCCCCUGGUUUCAUCCCCAGCUCUGCAAGAAAAAAAGGUGGACCCAAGGGGGAGAUGAGUGGACUAACAGGCGGAUUGGGCUGCAGGGACAAGAGAGAGCCUGGCCAUCUGCUCUAAGGUGCCUAAGCCCAGAAAAGCAGGUGGAGGGGAGCUAUGGGUGAGGAGUCUGACUUGGCUCAGUGCUUAGGGAGGAGUGUGGAGAGGAGCAGGGCUAGAGGCUGUUAGUGGUCAGUUCAGGACUUGGGGAUAUGGUUAGUCUCUAGCUACCCUACUUCCCAUAGUCCAUGUACUGAAAGGGAGUCUAAACCUCGCCUCACCUUCAUCCAGUCGCCUUCAACUCCCCACUCAACCCACUUGGGGUCCCCUCCAAGCCUGUCCUUGGACUGGCCUCCAAGCUUCCAAUCUCUCGGGUUCUGUACCUUUCCAGGCCUCACUAGGAACCCUGGUUUGGUGGACUCAGGUUUAUGGAGAGACUUCUGUACUCGAUAUAGGUUGGACUUGAGAGGUCACAUCUUAAACUCUCUACUUCUGGGUAAGACUGAUAAACUGAUGGAUCAUCGGAAGUGGCAACUCGGGAAAAGGAACUGCAGAUUUAUACCAAAAAUCCAGGUCGCUCUCAACCAAUGAAUCAAGCUGUGAAAUGGCCUGUGGAUUGGAUUGCAAAUUUUUUUUUUUUUUGGUACCAGGGAUGGAACUUGGGACCUUGCGCUUGCGUGGCAAGGAACCACUGCGCUAAAUCCCCAGCCCCGGAUUGCAAAUUCUUAAAGGUUUUUCUGUUGGUGACUUAUGUGGUAUCAUUUCUUGUCUUUACAGGGUCUCCCUAUGCAGCUCAGGGUGUCCUUGAACUAUGUACCCCAGGUUGGCCUCAAACUUGUGAUCCUCCAGCCUCAGUCUAAUGAGUGCUGGGACUACAGGCGUGCCACCACCACGCCCAGCUUUAAUCUAGUCGAGUAAUUUUCAGGGUUUCUGCUAAGGUGGUUAAACCGGAAUAAAAUUCAUUUGGAACAAAGCAUGAACAAAUAUUUUUGAAGAAGCACAAAUAUCCAUAUGAAGUAAAUGAAAAACUUCGUUCAUUGUUCUUAGCAACGAAACAUUUGAGGGUGACAAUGGGGACAGAAGCUAUUUUUCAGCCAUAUGACGUCACCGCUAACGGCCAUAGCAUCAUUGGAAGCUACGUGACAAACGUACGCAAAGACGAUGGGCCGCCCCUCCUGCCUCACAGGUCAAUCUGCGCAUGCCUGGCCUUGUGAGCGCUCUCUUGCAAACCCAAGAGAGCUGGGGCGAUGUCACGCGCUUAUCGCGUGUGCUGAUGGUCAGCGCACGCGCCACUUGACCCGGAAGUGCUUGGUGGGCGGUGCGGCUGGGCGCUAAGAUGGCGGCGGCGUGAGUUGCAUGUUGUGUGAAGAUCCAGGGGCAGCCGCCGUUGCUCGGGCCCCGCCAUGGCCGUCACCAUCACGCUCAAAACGCUACAGCAGCAGACCUUCAAGAUCCGUAUGGAGCCUGACGAGACGGUGCGGGCUGGGCCGGAGCCCCGGGCGGGAGCUACGGGUGAAGGUGUUGAAGGAGAAGAUAGAAGCUGAGAAGGGCCGUGAUGCUUUCCCUGUGGCCGGACAGAAACUCAUCUAUGCUGGCAAGAUCCUGAGUGAUGAUGUCCCCAUCAGGGACUAUCGUAUUGACGAGAAGAACUUCGUGGUUGUCAUGGUGACCAAGGCUAAAGCUGGCCAGAGUACCCUAGCACCCCCAGAAGUCUCACCCACUGCUGCCCCAGAGCCCUCGACCCCCUUCCAGCUGUCUCCUGCUUCAGGCAUGUCCCAUCCCCCACCUGCCACCAGAGAGGACAAGAGUCCAUCGCAGGAGUCUGCUACCACAACAUCUCCAGAGUCGGUGUUAGGCUCUGUUCCCUCUUCAGGUAGCAGCGGGCGAGAGGAAGAUGCGGCCUCCACGUUAGUGACUGGCUCUGAGUACGAGACGAUGCUGAUGGAGAUCAUGUCCAUGGGCUAUGAGCGGGAACGUGUCAUAGCUGCCCUGAGAGCCAGCUACAACAACCCACACCGGGCUGUGGAGUAUCUGCUCACGGGAAUUCCGGGAAACCCUGAGCCUGAACACGGUUCCAUCCAGGAGAGCCAAGUGUCUGAGCAGCCAGCCACAGAAGCAGCAGGAGAAAACCCCCUGGAGUUUCUUCGGGACCAGCCCCAGUUCCAGAACAUGCGGCAGGUGAUCCAGCAGAACCCAGCACUGCUGCCUGCCCUACUCCAGCAGCUGGGCCAGGAGAAUCCUCAGCUGUUGCAGUCCUCCUGGUGCUGUCCUGGGCCUUCAGUCUGUGAUGACCCCAGCCUAGGGAGACCACCCAGACUUCUGUAUGCUACACUUCCUCAUGGCUGACUUGACGUAUAGCUGCAGCACUUUCUAGACCUCUGAGACAGGACAGGCCCUCCCCAAGCUGACUUUUACUGGGGCCAUCUCGGCCCUGCCCCUGCCCCUACCUCCAUGGCUGCCAACCUCAUCUCUCACUGGCACCUUGACACCCUCUCACAAGCCUCUAAUUCCACAGCCACCCUGAUCCUUUGUCCCCUAGACCUCAGAUUCUGAAGAAGCACUUACUCUUCACUGUGAAACUGUCAGAUGUAUAAGGAGUACAGUUGCACCAGAGUCUUGAGACUUCCAACACUCAGAUAAGUGGAUUUGAAAAGGACACACAGUAGGGGUGCAGCUCAGUGGUGAGCGCUUGCCAAGCUUGCCGAGGGCCCUGGGCUCCGUCCCAAGCACCGAGUGGUUCCCGAGCUGGAUGUGGUGGCGCAUGCCUAGAAGCCCAGCGGCGAGGAGCCCGAGGCUGAGGCUGGAGGGUCGCUGCAUGCUCAAAGGCGGCCUGGACUACAUGGCGAGACCCCAUCUCAAAAGAAAGCCAAACAAACGAAAAGUUAGAAAAAGUCCCCAGACCGUGGCUCUCGUGGCUCUCCUGUGGGCCACCCUGCUUUCUCCAGGGUGUUCUUUUAUCUUGCUUUUUCCUCUUUCAGUCGGCCCAAGACUGUUUCAGAGCCAGUCUCUCUCUUACUCUUCACUUUUACUUUUUCAAUAAACUUUCCUGCUAAAAAAUAAAUAAUUAAAAAGUUC